AUUCUUAAAUGACUGAAGUUGGAAAGAACGCUUGGAUUCUACUUUUUGCUUGCAUUCUGUCAACGCCGCCUUUUACAAGCUGCUCUCGAGAAAUAACGACUUGCAAUCUCUACUCGACCGGAGAAUGCGCGCAACAUUGUCACAAGCAUCCCAAGGAUGGAAAAGAAAGCUGUGCGUUGACGUGCCGUAAACACGAGAAUGGAACUGUUGUGAAACUAUGCAAUCAAUUGUGCGAUCCUUCGGAUGACAACACUAAAAAAUGCUCGUUUCAUUGUUCCGCCACCAAGGAAUGCGUACAGCAAUGCGUGAGUGGAUAUUGUAGGAAAAUGAUAUGCUCUCGAAAUCACGGAAACUGUGAACAGCACUGCACUGGCGGCUCCUGUAAGAAGAUGCUGUGUCACUCCGAGCAUUGUUUUCAGCAUUGCAGAACUGGGGGCUGUAAUAUGGAAUGUGGACGCCAUGUAAAAUACUGUGAACAAAUUUGCCCCGGAGGUAACUGUCAUAUCAAAUGUGCGGCAAAAAUAUGUCGUGCAUAUUGUCCUACUGGAUCUUGUGAUAUGACUGGCCCAAAUAAAAAGAUCCAGACUCGUUGUGACAUCCGAGAUCGAAAUCAAUGUGCUCAAACUUGUAAUAAAUAUGGAUGUUACUGCAAGGGAGAUAGUCAUUUCACACAUUGUAAACAGGCUUGUAAAGGUAAAGUUUGUCUCUCCAUUGCAUGUCAUUCAAAAGUAUGCAGGCAAAACUGCGGAUCCAACUGCUCGCUUACAUGUAGUGCUGAAAGUUGCAGUCAAGAGUGCACCGGCUCAGGGUGCGUCUUGUCCUGCGGUGGUAGUGUGAACGUUUGCAAACAAUAUUGCAAAGGAGGUGGAUGUAUUUUCAACUGUGCUGCUAAAAUAUGCAUCAAUGAUUGCGAACCAUCUGGGACUUGCAUUUUUAACGACGUCGGUGAACGGCCAGGAUUGCAUUUGGACAUAAAGUGUGAUUACAGACACAACGGUCAGUGUGAACCCUCCUGUAGGGACUGUCUACAUGGUGAAAAGGAUUUGACAUGUACUGGCACGGACGGGGGGAAAUGUAAUCAAAAUUGUGUCGGUGGCUUUUGCAAGAAUGUGAAGUGCAUGUCGGCAAACCAUUGCUUGCAGAACUGUCCUGGUGGGCAGUGUAAAAAUAUGGAUUGUCACAGUAGACACUGCGAUCAACGAUGCUCCGGUGGUAGUUGUGAAAAAAUGCAAUGUACCUCGGAAAAUUGUACACAAGUAUGUCUUGGUAAUUGCAAUAAGAUGAUAUGUAAUGCUCAGACAUGCGAACAACUGUGUUAUCUUGGACGAUGUACUUUUGAGUGUGGUGAAAAUGUUACCACAUGUAAACAGACUUGUUACUCAGGUUUCUGUAACUUUAAAUGCCGGGGGAAAAAUUGCGCGCAAGUUUGCCCCAAAGGCAUUUGCUUCAGCGUUAUUGACAAUUCGGGUUCAUCGAGUCGUCUUCGUUAUUUGUAUAGUAUUUUACUAUUUCUUCUUGCGUUGUGUAUAUUAUUGUAAAGAUUAUGUUAAUAUACGAUGUUGAGUUGCGCUGUACUGUAAUAUAUCUUGUAUUUGAUGGCUUUUUAGUUCAUGCAAUGUUUAACGUUGCAAAGCUAUCGUUGAAAAGUCUGCGUUUGUUAAAAAAAAUAAAGCUAUAAACUACA